AUGGCGUCUGUGGCCGCCUGGCUGCCUUUCGCCAGGGCAGCGGCCAUAGGCUGGGUGCCCAUCGCGAAUAAGCCCUUACCCGCGCCGCCCGUCACCAAACAGGACAGGAAAAGGGAGGAUGAGAAGUUCGUUAUCAACGUCAGCGGACGUAGGUUCGAGACGUGGCGUAACACCGUCGAGAAGUACCCUGACACCCUGCUCGGCUCCAACGAGCGGGAGUUCUUUUACGAUGAGGACUGCAAGGAAUACUUCUUCGACAGGGACCCAGACAUCUUCCGCCACAUCCUCAACUAUUACCGGACGGGCAAGCUCCACUACCCCAAGCACGAAUGUCUCAUGUCGUACGACGAGGAAUUGGCCUUCUUCGGCAUCAUUCCGGACGUGAUCGGCGACUGCUGCUACGAAGACUACCGGGACAGGAAAAGAGAGAACGCAGAGCGGCUCAUGGACGACCAGCUGUCCGAAGCUAAUGCGGCAGACAACAUGCCCCAUGCCAACAUUCGAGAGCGCAUGUGGCGGGCCUUCGAGAACCCGCACACAGGCACUGCGGCACUGGUCUUUUACUACGUGACGGGUUUCUUUAUUGCUGUCUCGGUCUUCGCGAAUGUGUGCGAAACCCUUCCCUGCAGCAUGAACGAAGCGACUGGCGAUACGAUGAGUUGCGGCGAAACUUACAAGGCAGCCUUCUUCUGCCUGGACACGGCCUGCGUCAUGAUCUUCACUGCCGAGUACCUCCUACGGCUCUAUGCCGCCCCAGACCGCUGCAAGUACGCCCGCAGCGUGAUGAGUGUGAUCGACGUAGUGGCGAUCAUGCCUUACUACAUAGGACUCGGCAUAAAGGACAACGACGACGUCUCAGGGGCCUUCGUGACCCUCCGCGUUUUUCGUGUGUUCCGUAUCUUCAAAUUCUCCCGCCACUCCCAAGGACUCCGCAUCCUCGGCUACACGCUCAAGAGCUGCGCCUCGGAGCUCGGCUUCCUCGUAUUCUCCCUGGCGAUGGCCAUCAUCAUCUUCGCCACCGUGAUGUUCUACGCGGAGAAAAACGUCGAGGACACUACCUUCACCUCCAUCCCUUCCGCCUUUUGGUACACCAUCGUCACAAUGACCACACUAGGGUACGGAGAUAUGGUGCCAGACACCCCUACGGGCAAGAUCGUGGGCGGUGUCUGCUCCUUGAGUGGAGUGCUGGUGAUCGCUCUGCCGGUCCCAGUCAUCGUCUCCAACUUCUCCAGAAUCUACCACCAGAGCCAGCGGGCGGACAAGAGAAAAGCACAAAAGAAAGCUAGAAUGGCCCGCAUCCGCAUCGCCAAGGCGACAACCGGAGCGGCCUUCGUGAGCAAGAAGAAAGCAGUUGAAGCGAGGAUAGCCGCCAGAGAAAGUGGUCAAGAGGUUGAGGACUUCCAGGAGGACAUUUUCGAGCUGCAGCAUCAUCACCUACUCAGGUGUCUUGAGAAAACGACGGAUCGUGAGUUCGUGGAGCACGAGGUUCCCUACAAUGGUCAACCGAAUCGACCGGCCUCUACUCCCCCGCUCUCCCCCCUGCCGUCUUUCUCCUCAGCCGAAAAUAUAAUCCUCCAGAGUUGUUGCGGAAGGAGGUGCAGCAAGAAAUCCUAUCAGCACCACCGGGGUACUACAGUCUCAGACCACGAAGAGGAGCUAAAUGACGUCCAAGUGCGUCUUCAGAACCGGACCUCACCGGACGGCGGUCACUUCCACCGGCCCAGCCUGGGCAAUGCCACAGUAGCCACCACCGUUUCCAGUUCCGGCACAGCCACGGUCGUCACCCUGCCACAUCCGGAAUCGGACCGAAACCCUGCCACCAUCAGCCCCCCCGGCACCACUACCAGCACCACCAGUGGCGGUGGCACAGUCAGGAUCAGCACCCUCUAAUGAGACAGAGACUUCUCUCAAGAACAUACUAUUCCUCCACGUGGCCUUCCGUGGUGAAAGCCGGUUCGAAAACCGACGUACGGAGAAACAAAUUCCCUUUGGCCUUAUAACCAUACACAUUCCAAGCAUCAAAACAAACCUGGUUGGUUUCUUUUGUGCGCAUUUUGUCGAACAAAACAGCAACAAAUGUUUGCAGAAACGUUC